UUAGGUAUGAUCUCAUUUCUCCUUCUCUCAAUCUUUCUUCCAAUUUGUUUAGCUGGCAAAGAUUGCGUAUGGAUUCUAGGACGUGUACAAUGCCAACGCGAUCCUUCGAAAAAUUUGAAUGUAGAGGUCCGUGUGUGGGAUCGAGACUCAUUCGGACCCUUCAAACUCAUUGACCCCGAUGAUCUUAUGGGUGUGACGUUCUCUAAUGAAGAUGGUCGUUUUCAACUAGAUGGCUGCGGCGAUGAUUUUGACUGGAUACCGGGUUUGAACAACAAAAUCGAACCUUACAUCGAGGUUCGCCACUUCUGCAACAACGACGAAGGGGAAGUCAUCACGCUGCCUCAAUUCAAGGUGUUUGUUCCCCAAACUUACGAUAUCGGAACCAUCAUCUUGGACAACGAUUUGGGAGCUACCGCUUCGAAUCAGCCACGUAAUAGAACGCAAUAAGCUGGACAAACAUGGGGUACAAAUCUUGUCUGAAAUUUUGUGAUCUAUAGAAUAGCAUAAUUUCCACUACCUAUGGGUAUCGUGGAAUGUGAUAUGAGGGUGCUUCUCUGAACUCAUGAAGCUACUUAUUCUAUGCUUACAACCUCUAUGAACUCAAGCCAACAUAAAAAUCUGCUUAUCUCAUGCUCAAGUGUGUACUUAAGCCUAUAACUGCUACAAUGUACUGAAUUUGAUGCCAUGUACCAUAAUGACGCACUUCGUUUGUGAGAAAUUAUUCUAUUUGUGGGUGUUUUAUUCCGGUUACUUCUCUUACGCAUUUUAUUACUUAGAUUUCCUCAUCGCAUUUGUACAACUUAUCGUUAGAUCUUCUCAUUUCAUUUAGCUAUACUUUUCAGAGCAUUGAAAUAGAGGGCAUUUUCCAUCAAAACAGUAUU